GGAGUUUAGCGUCGUGGAGCACUCUGGGAAUCGUAGUCCUAUGUGUCCGCGGGGCGCGGUUUAACGCUAGCGAGCGGGUGGGGGGGUGGGUGUUCUCUUCUCCCACCAGCGGAAGUGGCCGUUGAAGCCGGCUGUAGGCGUGAAAAGAGCUUGGCGAGGGGGAAAGUCCAGCUGCUUCGGCUCCCUUCACUAGGUCUGGUGAUUGUCCCAGAGCUUCUGGACCCGGGAUCAGAGUGCGAAAAUCGCUCUAGCGGGAGGGAAGCCCAGGUAUCACUAUGGCAACCGCCAGCCCCUCUGGCCGCGUGACGUCACCCCUCUCUCUCUCCGCUUGAAGCGGCCUCUGCGAGAGGGAGCUGGGGAGUCCUCGAAGGGGGCUCCCCUCUCCUCCUUUAGUGUGGGACUAUUCCGCCCCGAUCCCUGGGAGGGCUUUGUUCUUUUGUUCCGGCCUAGGAGGAAGGACGCGAGCCGAGCCCCGCCCUGUUUGUCCACCUUCCAGCUUUUCCGCUCCGCAACAGGGCAGCCAGCUUCACUGUGUGUAAGGGCACAGACUCGUGCCGGACAUCUGGGCUCCAGAGAGAGGACCCCACUGGAGGGACGCUGCUUGGGAAACCCUGGUGUCCAGAUUUCAAGAGGAACGGGAUGAGCACCUGAGAUGGAAGAUCUGUCUUCUCCAGAGUCUGCCCUUCUCCAAGGGGGACAUACUUCACUCCCAUCAGCUAGUUUUCAGGAAUCAGUGACCUUCAAGGAUGUGAUCGUGGACUUUACCCAGGAAGAAUGGAAACAGCUGGAUCCUGUACAGAGAGAUUUAUUCAGGGAUGUGACAUUGGAAAAUUAUACACAUCUGGUCUCUAUAGACUGGGAGACAAGACCAGAAAAUAGCAUAUCAGUCUCAGAGCUGGACAUUUCUGAAGAAGAGCCAUCUCCAGAGGCAAUAGUAGAAAAGCACAAAAGGGAUGAUCCUUGGGGUUCCAAUGUCUUAGAAACUGGGGAAUCUGAAGGCAGUCCAGAAAGGCAACAGGCAAAUGAACAGGCCCUGCCAAGGGAAAUAAAAAUAACUGACAAGACAAUACCUACUUUGAAGAGAGACCAUGUAAAUAAUGACUUUGAAAAAAGCAUCAAUGUGAGUUCAGACCUUUUAACACAAAAAGAAGUAUCUCCAGAAGAGACCUCUACCAAAACAAGCGUCAAACAGAAUUUAAAGCCGGUUAAAAAAGAGAAAUCUUGUAAGUGCAAUGAAUGUGGGAAAGCUUUUAGUUACUGUUCAGCUCUUAUUCGCCAUCAGAGAACACAUACUGGAGAAAAACCCUACAAAUGUAAUGAAUGUGAAAAAGCCUUCAGCCGGAGUGAAAACCUUAUAAACCAUCAAAGAAUUCAUACUGGAGAUAAACCAUAUAAAUGUGAUCAGUGUGGAAAAGGCUUCAUUGAGGGUCCUUCUCUUACUCAACAUCAAAGAAUUCACACUGGAGAGAAACCCUAUAAGUGUGAUGAAUGUGGGAAAGCCUUUAGUCAGAGGACCCAUCUUGUUCAGCAUCAGAGAAUUCACACUGGUGAGAAACCAUAUACUUGUAAUGAGUGUGGAAAAGCCUUUAGCCAGAGAGGCCACUUUAUGGAACAUCAGAAAAUUCAUACAGGAGAAAAACCUUUUAAAUGUGACGAAUGUGAUAAAACCUUUACCAGGAGCACACACCUUACUCAACAUCAAAAAAUUCAUACUGGAGAGAAAACCUAUAAAUGUAAUGAAUGUGGGAAGGCUUUCAAUGGACCCUCAACAUUUAUACGUCAUCAUAUGAUUCAUACUGGUGAAAAACCAUAUGAAUGCAAUGAAUGUGGGAAAGCCUUCAGUCAGCACUCAAACCUCACUCAACAUCAGAAAACACAUACUGGGGAGAAACCUUAUGAUUGUGCUGAAUGUGGGAAAUCCUUUAGUUACUGGUCAUCCCUUGCUCAACAUCUAAAAAUUCAUACUGGAGAAAAACCUUACAAAUGCAAUGAAUGUGGAAAGGCCUUCAGUUAUUGCUCAUCCCUUACUCAGCAUCGGAGAAUUCACACCAGAGAAAAGCCCUUUGAAUGCAAUGAGUGUGGAAAGGCUUUCAGUUAUCUCUCAAACCUUAAUCAACAUCAGAAGACUCAUACCCAAGAGAAAGCUUAUGAAUGUAAGGAAUGUGGGAAAGCCUUUAUUCGGAGUUCAUCUCUUGCUAAACAUGAAAGAAUUCAUACUGGUGAGAAACCCUAUCAGUGUCACGAAUGUGGAAAAACCUUCAGUUAUGGCUCAUCCCUUAUUCAGCAUAGGAAAAUACAUACUGGAGAAAGACCUUACAAGUGUAAUGAAUGUGGGCGAGCCUUCAACCAGAACAUACACCUUACGCAACAUAAGAGAAUUCACACAGGAGCAAAGCCUUAUGAGUGUGCCAAGUGUGGCAAAGCCUUUCGACAUUGUUCAUCUCUGGCUCAACAUCAAAAAACUCACACAGAAGAAAAACCCUACCAGUGUAAUAAGUGUGAAAAGGCCUUUAGCCAGAGCUCCCAUCUGGCUCAGCAUCAACGAAUUCACACUGGAGAGAAACCCUAUAAAUGCAAUGAAUGUGACAAAUCCUUUAGCCGGAGCACUCAUCUGACUGAACAUCAGAAUACUCAUACUGGAGAGAAGCCUUACAACUGUAAUGAAUGCAGGAAGACUUUCAGCCAGAGCACUUACCUCAUUCAGCAUCAGAGAAUUCAUUCAGGAGAGAAGCCCUUUGGAUGUAAUGAUUGUGGAAAAGCCUUCAGAUAUCGUUCUGCUCUCAACAAACAUCAGAGACUGCAUCCUGGCAUAUGACUCUUCUAGGAACAUCAUAAACAUAGGGGAUGCAUUUACUCUAGUUUGUCCUUUUAAGUACAGAAGAAUCAGGGUGGAUUGAGAAACUGCCGAAAAUAUUUUUAUUUUUCACCGUCAUGCUGUGGAAUGGAAAGUACAUUGGGCUGAAGUAAGCCAAUUACGUUGUUAAGCAACUUUGUGACAUUGGCAAAUUCAGCCAUUUUAAGCUUCCGUUUCCUCUGUGAAAUGAGGGAUUUGGAGUAGGUCAUUUCAAAGGUCAUUUGGAGUUUUAUAUUCGGUUUUGUAUAUUCACAAUAUAUUCUUGAAUAGGAUUAUUGUACAUCAACAUUUUGCUAUGUUGCAUCUAGAAUGUAUGUAUUUAUGCAUGUUUUGCCAAUAGAAAACAUUUAUGUUUCAGUAACUAGACUGGAGAUCAAUCAUGCUCCUGUUCUAACACAUUUAAGUUCUUUAAGUAACCGGUUCCUAAUAAAAAGAAUUGUAAAGUACCCUCAAAUUAAUAAUUCAGUAAUAUAUAAUGGCUUAAGUCAGUACAAGUAUUAAACCUUCCUACUAUUUUCUCUCCUAGUAUGUUUUAACAUUCUAGAAGUUUAUCACAACUACAUAGAUCAUCUACUACAGCUUAAACCUGUGUUAUUUAACCCCAGUUACAUAGUGGAAUCACUUAAGGAACUUUAUAAAAUUCUGUUGCCAAGACCCCACCCCCAGUGACUGGCCUAGGGAGUGGGAUCCUGGCUUCAGUUCUUUUUUUAAACUCCUAAUGUGUACCCUGGAAAGAACAACUGGAUUAGAUUUCAGUACUCAUUUCCUUCGUAGCUUCUUGUGACUCCUCCUAGAAGCUCACAGAUUAGCUCUUCAGUACACAUAAUGUACUGAAGGGGAUGUACACAUAAUGUAAUUUUGACUGUUACCUUGUUUUGUAAAUUGGUUUCUCAUGAACUUUGAGAGGUAAGGUCAAAUUUGUUUCCUUACCAAAGUACAGAAAUUAAACGGCUGUAUAAAAUAA